AUGAUCCAGCAAUACGGCGCGGAGGACAAGUUCGCAUGGGGCUAUGACGCCAGCAAGGGUGAGUGCAUGGUGGACAUGAUCGUCGAUCCCCUCAAGGUCGUUCGUACCGUGCUUGUCGACGCGGCCGGUCCCUCGCCGGAACGCGUCGGUCACGAUCCACCGCGCGACGCGCACGGCCAUCCCUUGCGCGUGCUCCCCAGGCGUCGAUAUAUUGUGUCCAAGUACACACCAACGGACGUCGUGUCUUCAUCGACACGCAAGCUUAGAAAAGACCAGCAGAGGAACUGGUGCGGCCUGAUUGCGAAGCGCACCUCCACAUUGCAGCACGGGCCCCGCGCAGGCCCCGCGCCGCCCUCGACGUACACGGGCGUCCUCAACUCCCUCGCGACCUCCGCGUACGGCAGGCUCAUGGUCGCGACAUCGCUCGCGCUCGGGCGCGUGCCUGUAGGCUGUGAUGUUAUUGCUUUGAGUAAGUGGUGCUCAUGGAUUGUGAAGGCAUGUGUGGAUCAUGAGGGGACUCUCGCUGUCAAGAAGGGUGAGAUCCCUAGAGGAGCAUUGGGCAUACUAUUGGGCCUUUGUGUUUACGGGAAUUCUCAGCUCGAGGUCUUCGUCAACAGGCUCCGCGGCGCGAGUCUGCGCACUGUCACUAUGACUGACACACCGCGAGUGUAUGCGGGCUGCACAGCUGAUACGCGCAAGCGGUCAAUCUGGACGGCGGCGAGACUCGGGUAG